AUGGAAUCAGAAGUAAAUAAACGCCAAAAGACGCAAGAUUCCCCAGAAAAUGAUACAAUGAAUGAUGAUAUUACUACCACUGAUGCAACAGCUAGUUCCUCCAAGUCUGACAAAUUCGGUGUCGUCAAAUUUAGAGCCAACUCUGAUAGAAUAGAUUUAUUUUAUGGCGACAGUGGAAUUUCUUUAACUUCAGUCGAAGAUCUUCCAGUAAAAGAAAACAUGAACACUGUUACUUUAGAAGAUAUAAUUUCAAACAUGAAUUUAAAGGAAAUGCUCCAGAUAAAUUAUAUGAUUGACCCAGAAUUUUUAAUGUCCAAAUUACCAUUUAUCAAGCAAAAGACUAUACCGACAACAAUUGUUCAUGGUCAUAAAGACCUUAUUCCAAAAGAUUUUAUAAAUGAAUACAAAAACGUAAAAAUUAUAGAUGCAACGAUAGCAACUCAAGCUCAUAAUUAUGCAAAUCUUAUUCCAGCAGAUUGGGGUCAUAUGACUCAGGCUGUAUAUAUGACACCAAUACUUUAUAAAAAAAGUCGUCAUAAAGAACAAGAUUUAAACAAAUACGGACAUAUGCGAUUAAGAGCAAUUCUAAGAGAUAAUGUUAUAUUGGAACCGGAAUUUCAUGAAAAAAGUCAAGUUGUCUGUCAGACUUCAAGCAUUGGUUCAUUUGGCGUUAAAUGUGACUGGUUGAAAAAUGAGCUUAAAGAAAGUCUCAGCGCAGCAAAAAAUCAAUUAGACUGCAUAGAUCCAGAAAUUAAUUUAGUUUUUCCUACAGUGGAAAAUGUUCGCGAUAGUCAAUAUUAUAUCAAACAAAAAGACUAUAUGGACCCACUUCUUUGUAAAUGGAAAGGCAUGGAUUCUGGAAGAGAUCGUGCAAUGCCACAUAUCAAGGCACAUACAUCAAAUGCAAAUAUUGCAUGGUUUUGUCUUACCAGCAGCAACCUAUCUAAAGCUGCCUGGGGUGUUCUACAAAAGGAAAAAACUCAACUUUUCAUUAGUAAUUAUGAAAUGGGGGUUUUAAUCUUUCCAGAACUAUUCAAUACAGUUGAUUAUGAUUCAGUGUAUUUCUUGAACGCCACUAUACACGACUUGAAUCCGAAACUGCCUUUGUACAUUAAUGAACUUGUCAAAAAACCAUUCGAAUCAUUACCAUCUGAAUCAUUAUCAUCGAAAAAAAGAAAAAGGCUUCAAGCACAUAUACAAACUUUAAUUGUUCCGAUUCGUCUCCCAUAUGACGUGCCUUUGACUCCUUAUGAUUUUGAAAAAGGUGACGAGUGUUGGACUUGGGAUAAGCCAAGAUCAGAACUUGAUUGGCUUGGAAAUACUUGGAGGAAAUAA